CCAUCAAUGGUCUUAAAUAAACAUAAAUUUUCAACCCCUUAGGCAAUUUAAAAAAAAAAAAAUUGUAAAUUCAAGAGCCAAUUCCUCUCUCUCUCACGUAAAUCAACUGAAGAAAAAUUUUCACUAAAUCUGAAUCGCAUAACGGUCUCGAGAAUUCCAAGGCUCUAAGCAAGCUCUAAAAUUCCCGUCGCUGAAAUGUUCUUUUCUCUCCUUAAUUCUUGCCUAACAAUCCCACCUGUUUAAUCUCCCAUUUUAGGUCGGAUUUCAAUUUCUCUGAAUCAGAUUUACAUGCAUAUGGUCUGAUUUUGACGUUCUUUCUUAUUUUUCUACUGGUGAAAAGUCCAGUCUUCUUCGCAGGUUUCAAACUAGAAAUCAGAGUUUCCGUGACUUCUCUGUUCCUUUCUUCUGUUUUCGCUUCGAGAUGAAAAAACCCGGUUGAUGGGUUAAAUUGAUGGGUACCCAUUAGGAAUUUUUUAUCAGUUCCCAUCUUAGAUUGCUAAACAUGGGUUCUGUUAGUGGGUUUCUCCAUCAAAAAUUGAUUCUCUUUGCAGACUCUUUCUGGGUCUCUGUUUCAGCUCUGUUCCUUACUCUGUUUGGUUUCUUCCAUAGAACCAUUUUCAGGGUGAAACGAAAUUUCAGCUCUCAAAUUAACAAUUCGAAUUGUUUAGAACUCAGCUCGAAUUGUGUAGAGCAAGAAACUAGAGCGAAGAAACCAGAACUCAAUUCGAAUUGUGUGGAGCAGGAAUCUGAAGCUGAAGAACCAGAAGUUGGUAUUGCUGAAUUUAGAAGUACAAAAGAAAAUGCUGAUUUUGAGGAAGAAGAGACGACAAAGUUCUUUUUUAAAUUUCAGUUCCAGACUUAUAGGGAGGAUUGUGAGCAAGUUUUCUCAGACUUUGUAUCCUCUAGAAGCGCCAAUAAGUACGAGUUCUCUUUUGGGAAAGAUCCUAGUCUAUACUUGGAUAAGCCAGAGGCUUUUAGUCUUGAGGUAAAAAAGUUAUAUGCCGAUUCUAAUGAUGGUUCUAUUGGCAAUAGAGAGAUUGCCGAAGAUAAAAUUUUACCUGUUGAGAACUUUGUGGAGCGGAAAGCAGUACAAUCUACUCAAGAGGAGAGAGCAGAGAAUUCUGCAGAUGGUGCAUGUAAAGAGGAGGUGACAGAGUCUGAAACAUGCGUUGAAGGGUUUAUUUCUGGGAAGGGAAUAGCAGCUGAUGCGGAGAACAAUGUACGGAGUGAUCAACAAGUUUCAAGUGAUGAUGGUCAGUUUCUAUCAGAGAAGGACUUCAUUGCUCCAGAUUCUCAUUCAGAUUCUGAUUCAAUUACUUCGAGCCAUGAGAUUAUAAGUCGUUUUGUAGCUUCAACCAGCGAUGGCUUCUUGUCAGAUAUAGAUUUUGAAGAUGCAUUUGAACUUGAUAUUUUGGGAGACAUUGGAAGGGAGAAGGCUGAAUUAACUGAAGAAGAUUUGGAGAUGGAGGAUAUAAAUUUGCAGCAUUUAAAUGCUGGCUAUGAACCUGAUGAUUUUGAGGAUGAAGAUAGUGAUAUAUUGGAAAAGCAUAAAAAUCUAGAGGAGUCCAAUAUGCAAGAAACAGAAAACUUGGGUGAGAAAAAAGAUGUUGAACAACAAGAAGAACUCGGUUACAAUGACAAGGAAACUAGGAAUAGUUUAGAUAAUUCUGAAGAUUCAAAUAGAUUGGAAAUUUUAUGGGAACAUCAAGAGUUGAUAGAACAGCUCAAAAUGGAGCUGAAAAAGGUCAGAGCUACAGGUCUGCCAACCAUCUUAGAAGAAGAAGAGUCACCAAAAAUAGCGGAAGAUUUAAAGCCAUGGAAGAUUGAUGAGAAGUUCCAGCAUGAAGAUAGAAUGGGUGAGCUUCACAAGUUCUACAAGAGUUACAGAGAAAGGAUGCGGAAAUUUGAUAUCUUGAAUUACCAGAAAAUGUAUGCAUUGGGCUUUCUUCAAUCAAAAGACCCAACAAAGGACCCACUUAAAUCAAUUUCAAGCCAUAUAGCCUCAGGACCAGCAUUGACAUCCCUUGUUUCACGGAAAUUCCUUCUAGGCAAGCCAAAAAAUUCCAGUUCUGAUCCAAAGAUGAGCUUCAUUAGAGAAUUGCAUGGUGAUUUGGAAAUGGUUUAUGUUGGUCAAAUGUGCCUCUCAUGGGAAAUCCUUCAUUGGCAGUAUGAGAAGGCGCUGGAGAUAUGGGAUUUCGACCCUUAUGGAAUGCGUCGAUACAAUGAAGUUGCAGGUGAAUUUCAACAAUUUCAAGUACUUUUGCAGAGAUUUAUAGAGAAUGAACCUUUUGAAGGACCGAGGGUACAAAAUUAUGUCAAGAAUCGCUGCAUUUUGCGUAAUCUCCUUCAAGUUCCAGUUAUAAGAGAGGACAGUAUAAAGGAUAAAAAGGCAAGAAUUAAAUUGAAGGAUGACUAUGCAAUUACCAAUGAUAAUCUAGUAGAGAUAAUGGAAGAAUCAAUAAGAAUUUUCUGGCGAUUUGUUCGAGCUGAUAAAGACGCACGCAGUGUGAUGCCAAAGAGUCGAAGAGGAGCUCAAAUCGAACCGUUAGACCCCACUGAACUAGAGCUUUUGACAGAAGUCAGAACAAGUCUGCAAAAGAAGGACAAGAAGCUUAAAGACACAUUGAGGAGUGGAAACUGUAUAUUGAGGAAGUUCCAAAAACAUCAAGAAGACAGUAGUUCAGAGCAAGUUCUCUACUUCUUCUCACAAGUGGAUAUGAAGUUAGUAUGUAGAGUGCUUAACAUGUCGAAAAUAACAACAGAUCAACUAAUAUGGUGUCGCAAUAAAUUGGACAAGAUCAAUUUUGUUAACAGGAAGAUACAUGUAGAACCAUCAUUUUUGCUUUUUCCUUGCUGAUAGUAUAUGCAGUAGCAGCUCUCUGCCAA